GUACUUAUGCCGCUGUGUAUCCAUCCCAUGUGCAACUGUGUGCGCUUUUACUGCUUCGUUGCUUGUAUUUUCCGCAUUUCAUUAAUACAUUUAUUAAUAACACGGUAAAGUUGAGAUAAAAUGCCGGGAGACAACGUUAUGCCCAAGAUUGACGUUCAAAAGGAGCUGAGUGGGUCCGCGCAGCUCAACUAUAUGAAGAUUAUAGAAAAGGAGAACAUGGAACGGGUGCGGAGGUUGAAACGUAUUCGCCACAGGAACCUGCUGACGGGAUUUCUCCUCGCCGGCGGAGUAUGCGGAAUAUUUGCAUAUUCGGUGCUCGCUGUCAAGCAGGAAAGCUUUCUAGACAACUUUGAAGAACCCGCUCCAAAGUAGACAAGAUGGUGCCAAGUGUUUAUCCAUGUACAAAGUUUGCUUGUUUCUUCAUGCUUAGGAUGUGUGGACCCUGUUAAUUUGAUGCUGUAAUAAAGUACAUUUAGUUCACACAA